AUGUACAAUUCGAGUUUAAUGGCCCUGCGUCCGCUGGUGCGGUCCAAUAGCCGCUCCUAUGCUGUCAAAUUGACAGAACAUCAAGCGGCUAUUAUGGCGCGCGGAUUGCCCAAACGAGAGAGAUUGAGAGGCGUCCAGGAUAUUAUAGUGGUGGCCUCGGGCAAGGGAGGUGUCGGCAAGAGCACAGUGGCAGCCAACUUUGCCUGUAGUUUGGCCAAGCUGGGCAAACGCGUUGGGUUGUUGGAUGGUGAUAUUUUUGGACCCAGUAUUCCUCUACUCAUGAAUGUUCACGAUGAACCUCUGGUCAAUAGGGAUAACCUUAUGAUUCCGCCACAAAACUACAAUGUGAAAUGCCUGUCGAUGGGCAUGUUGACACCACCGGAUGGUGCCAUCAUUUGGCGUGGUCCUCUAGUUAUGUCCGCCAUCCAGCGAUUGCUCAAAGGGGCCGACUGGAGUCCCCUCGAUGUGCUUGUCAUAGACACACCCCCCGGCACUGGAGAUGUACAUCUCUCACUUACACAACACGCUCCCAUAUCGGGUGUCAUUUUGGUCUCCACUCCCCACACGGCAGCCGUGGAGGUUACUCUGCGUGGUGCCAAAAUGUAUGAAAAAUUAAAGGUACCCAUCUUCGGUCUCGUCGAGAAUAUGCGUUAUUCCACCUGUGAUAAAUGCAAACAUCGCAUGGAAUUCUUUCGCCCCGAUCAGUCCACAAAAGGACUGCCCAAACAAUUGAUAUCCCUGCCACUCGACGCUCACAUAGCCGAAUGUUGUGAGGAAGGAGUACCAGUUGUGGUUAAAUAUCCAGACUCUGAUUACUCUGAACUUUUUAAACAAUUGGCUCAGCAAAUUUCCGAUACUCUUGACGAGCGUCGAAAUCAAGAUUUAAAGGCGAGCAGCAAUAGCUCCGCCUAAAAGUUGUCCCACUUGGAGCUUGGCAUAGAUUUAGAUUAUUUUUAUUGUUGCUAAGAUUGUUAUAAACUAUUGGAAAUAUUAGUACUUAUAAACGCAAGUUUGUUCAAUCUA